UUAUUGUCAUUUGAUUUUAUUUUUGGUAACUCCUGUGAGUUGUAAAAUGUGGGGCAUCGGAAAUCCCUAAUUGCCGAAAAAUUCAACGACAAAACGACUUGUUCAUACGUCUCUCUCUCUCUCUCUCUCUUGUCCAACAGUCUGUCUGCACUAGGAGUAUAGACUACUCGAGGAUUUGAGGUUUUCUUCUGCGUAACAUGAGCAAUCAGAGCCAAGGCGAAGUCGACGCAGCAAACGUAAUGGCUUCGGCCAUGAAAGCUGCGGAAGAUCUGUACAACAUUCGCGACACCUAUUUCCCAUCAAAUCCAGAUGACAAAAUCUCCCGUCUCCAAGCCCACUCAGAUCUCGCUCUCAACCUCCUCGAUUCCAUUCCUUCAGAGCAAAGGAAAUUACCUAUGCAACGUGCAACGUAUGAAUAUUUGAGAGGAAAGAUAUUGGAUGUGUUUCCUGAAUAUAGGAAAGAAGCAGAAGAUCAUCUCUCAAAAGCUGUAAAGUUGAGUCCGUCUCUUGCAGAUGCUUGGCUAUGCUUGGGUAACUGCAUUUGGAAGAAGGGAGAUCUACCUUCAGCAAAGAACUGCUUUACACUUGCACUAAGCAAGGGUCCAAAUAAAAAGAUACUUAGUCAAUUAUCAAUGCUCGAAAGAAGAAUGGCUCAAGGUGCUGAAAAUCAGGCAGAGAUUGUCGAGGAGAGCAUCAAACAUGCAAAGGAAGCUAUAAUGCUGGAUGUGAAGGAUGGAAACUCUUGGUACAACCUAGGAAAUGCCUGCCUCACAUGUUUUUUUGUGACUGGAGCAUGGGAUCACAGCAAACUUCUGCAAUCUUUAAAAGCAUACCAAAAUGCUGAGAAAGACGAGAGCAUGAAUUCCAAUCCCGAUCUCUAUUUCAAUUGUGCCACAGUAAACAAAUAUCUAGAGAACUAUGAGAGGGCUCUCAGUGGAUUCGAAGCUGCUGCCUCAAGGGAUCCUGGUCUCAAUUCUACUGAGGAGGUUCGCAAGAUAGUCAACCUUCUAGACAAGUUGGAGUCUUUGUUGAGGGGACAAACUAAAGCAAAACGACUUAAUUCUUUGGCAUCAUCUCUGGCUGCAGUUAACUUGAACCCUUCAUACAGAAAAGCCACUGUAGGCAUUCUCUCGGACGGCCUGAAUAAAAAAGUUGCAAUUAUUGGGAAGGUGUUGUUCUUUGUUAAGCAUGAGAAUGUGGCUCCUUUAUACUACUUGGUUUGUGAUUCAGAUCAAAGUUGCUAUGUUCUCUCGGUCUAUGGGAUACGCGAUGAGGCGAUUAAAGAAGGAGAUCAGCUCACAUUGUUGGAGCCUAAUUACCAUGAUGUUGAUUUUUCUUGGAACAGGAAGGCGUACAGGUUCAAUUCAGUCCGUGUGGAUUUCUUGGAACAAGUUAUUGUGAAUGGGAAAGCUAUAUCUUCUACCCAAGCAGUUCGGACAGCAAUUCUUGCUCAACAUAAACCUUGAAAAAGGUUUAGUCAUUGGCUGCUGCAAUAGUUCGAUUUUUGUGAAUGUGAUGUAAAAAAAGAAUAGGGUUAGGAAGAGAGGAAAUAAUGAAUACAGUUAGUCGUUGCCACUAGUUCAAUUACAGCGGUAACAGAAGUGCGGUAACUUCUGCUUGUACUCUUUGUUUGAUUUUCCAAAAAUCUCAUUCUUUUGCUCAUGGGUAUUUGUAUUUGAUGUAGUAUAUUUUACCAUCCAUGAACUACAAAACAAAUGCGGUUUCUAUGCAGUGUUAAUGCCUGUAAAUUUGAGACACGAUAUCAAUCAGACUUUCAACCUUGGCA